CGGGGGCCUGCCUGAAGUCGGCGGCGUAAUGAACGGCCCCUGAUCUUAUGUAAAUCACGAAUUCAACUUUGUUCGAUGAAGUGAUUGUUUGAGUCGAAUCUUCAACUUAGACGACGGCGUACAGUGGCUGCAGACGACGGACUGCUGUUGCAGCCUUGCAGGUGGCUCGUGGACUUCUGUUUGGUGGUUUUGGGAGAUGGGAAACCAGGUUUUCUAGGGUUUCAGGGAUGGAAACUGGUUUUUGUUCGCGAGUUUUAUUGCGGUUUACUGUGCAGCUGUAAAAGAAGCCUGUGUUAGUUGUCUCCAACAGCUCGUCUAUUAAACAAAUGAACCCAUGAGUGGUGGGGAAAUUAAUUAAUCUUAGUUUGGAGUAAGAGAAAAGGCAGUUCCCUUCUUUGGGUUCUCUCCUCUUGGGUGGGGUUCCCUUUGGAUCCUGGCAAACGGCUAGUUGUGUCGUUCCAGACAUCCUCUCUCUCUAUCUCUCUCUCUGCCAUUAGCAAAUCUCAAUGUCUGGAGUGUAAUCUCUUGAAUAGUAACCACUCGUGGUCUACUAGCAGAAGGUAAGCUAAAAAUCUCUCUCUGUCGUGCUGUAAGCUCGAAAAGGGUCUCAAAUUUUUCAACUUUAGUGCUUGGAAUUUGCACUGAAGGGUUUAAACUCCAAGAAUUGGGAGCCUAUAUAUCUCUCUGUCUCAGUCAGUCGCAAAGGGAGGCCAUUCUGUUCUUGCUCGUCCAUUUUUCACAAGCUGGGGCGUUUGUUGACAAGGAUUGAAGCGGUGAGGUGGCUGCAGGGUGCUUUGAGCCAUGGUCGGUGUUUUGAUCUGGUUGGUGUUGUUAUUGAACUAUGGCGGCUCUGUUUUCUGCUUGAAUGUAGAAGGGUUAGCUCUUUUGGCCUUCAAAAACUCCAUUAAGGAUGACCCGCAGAAUGCUACAGGCAACUGGGAUUCAUCCCAAGAGACGCCAUGCUCAUGGAAUGGCGUUGUUUGCAGUGAAAACAGAGUGGUCUCCCUGAGCAUGCCCAAGAAGCAGCUAUUGGGUUCUUUGCCGUCUAUUCUGGGCUCUUUGGUCUACAUGAGACACAUCAACCUGAGGAAUAACAGACUGAAUGGAAGUAUUCCCUCAGAACUAUUCCAUAUUGGGGGCCUUCAGAGCAUGUUUUUGUACGGAAAUUCCUUUUCUGGAUCGCUUCCUUCAGAUGUUGGUGGGCUAAGGUACCUUCAGAACUUGGAUUUAUCAAGCAAUCUUUUGAAUGGUUCCUUGCCUUCUUCGUUGAUGCAGUGCACUAGAUUGAAAUCUUUGAUACUUCGCAAGAACAAUUUUAGUGGUGUUCUGCCUGAUGGAUUUGGUGUUACCUUCAGUUAUUUGGAAACGCUUGAUCUUUCUUAUAAUAGAUUUGAGGGUUCCAUUCCCGGCGGCAUCGGAAACCUGUCUCGCCUUCAAGGCACUGUAGACUUGUCACAUAACCUCUUCUCUGGCUCGAUCCCUGCAUCUUUGGGAAACCUUCCUGAGAAGGUCUACAUUGAUCUCACUUACAAUAAUCUCAGUGGGCCGAUACCGCAGAAUGGAGCUUUGGUUAAUAGAGGACCAACAGCAUUCGUCGGUAAUCCACAUCUCUGUGGUCCUCCAUUGAGGAGUCCGUGCCCUGGAACUUCGCCCAUCUCUUCUUCAACUCCAGGUCUGCCGAAUGGCUACCCGCCUCCUACAAUGUCAGAUAUGGUUAACUCCAGCAGUGGGCACAAGGGCCUGAGCAAAGGACUAAUAAUAGCGAUCGUGCUGAGUGAUGCUAUGGGGAUUGCAUUGAUCGCUUUGGUCUUCUUAUUUUGUUACUGGAGGCUUGUUUCUUCACAUGAGAAGGGUGAGCUUUCAAGCUAUGAAAAGGGUCAGGUGGCGAAGAGGGACUGCCUGUGUUUUAGGAAGGAUGAAUCGGAGACUAACUCUGAGAAUUUGGAGCAGUUGGAUUUGGUGCCACUAGAUGUACAUGUGAGGUUCAAUUUGGAUGAGCUGCUCAGGGCAACUGCUUUUGUUCUAGGCAAGAGUGGCAUUGGCAUAGUCUACAAGGUCGUCCUGGAAGAUGGGCUCACCUUAGCGGUGAGAAGAUUGGGUGAAGGUGGGUCUCAAAGACUGAAAGAAUUUCAAACCGAGGUCGUAGCAAUUGGGAAGCUCCGGCAUCCAAACAUUGUUGCACUCCGAGCGUACUAUUGGUCUGUCGAUGAGAAGCUUCUUAUCUAUGACUACAUACCUAAUGGAAAUCUGGCUUCUGCCAUUCAUGGAAAGAAUGGUCCUCCUCUUCUGUGGGAAAUGAGGGUUGGAAUUGCAAAGGGGACAGCGAAGGGAUUGGCUUACUUGCAUGAGUACAGCCCCAAGAAGUAUGUUCACGGUGAUCUGAAGCCUACAAAUAUACUCUUGGGGAUUAAUAUGGAACCUUACGUAUCAGAUUUCGGCUUAGGACGGCUAGCAAACAUAGCAGGUGGAACACCAAGAUUACAGUCUGACAGGAUUGCGACUGAGACCAAGCAACAACAUUCUGCUGAUGCUGCAGUCAAUUUAAUUGUUAGUCCUGGAUCUUUAUAUCAAGCCCCAGAAGCUCCGAAGGUUUUGAAGCCAUCACAAAAAUGGGACGUUUACUCCUACGGCGUUAUACUACUGGAGCUGAUUACUGGAAGAUCUCCAGAAGCCUUGAUGGCUUCAUUGGAUAUGGAUCUAGUGAGAUGGGUACAGUUAUGCAUUGAUGAGAAAAAACCAUUUUCAGAUGUAUUGGACAAUGUACUGCUCCACGAACUGGAAAUGGAAGAAGAGAUGAUCGGCGUGCUGAAAAUUGCACUGGCCUGUGUUCAGAGCAAUCCAGAGAGGAGGCCGUCAAUGAGGAAUGUCUGUGACUUGCUGGAUAGGUUGACUGGGACCAACUGAGAGUGGAAGUCGUGCAAUGAUGCCAUGGCUACUGAGGGUUUGAAUAAUUUGAAUUUGAGUCCUCUGCUUGAGCGCACUGAAAAUGGUUUUACCUCACAACUGAGGCAAUCACAGUUCUACUCGUGCUCUUUUUGUUUCAUUUCAACUGCUUCUGUUGCACUCUCUGAUGGAUGAGAGCUAACAAUGGAGCAUUCAGUAGAUGAAACAUGCUCUCAUCGCCUUAUCUAUCUCUAAAUCUGUUUUUUGCCUUGUGUUGUAGCUUUUUUACUGCAAUCACGAUAAAAAUAUUCCAAUGAUUUUUGUUUUGCAAUCCUAUUAUACAGAUCUUCCUUUGGUA